UUUAUUCAGUUUCGAUAUCCGUUCGUUUAGCUAAACGUAUUUGGCAGACUUUUUAUACCAUAGUAAACGUUUUCAAUCGAUUUAAUAUCCUGGUCUAUUUUUGAACUCAAUUUCAAUGCAGUAUAUCUUGCCAUGAAGGCUUCGAGAAAAGGAGUUAUCACCUGGGAAGAAGUGUUCGAAUACCGAGCAAAGCAGGAAUCAAACAGGCCCAUUCAUGCAAAAGUCAUUGUUGCCGAGCCCAGCGUUCCAAAUGUGAGAUCGGGCGACGAGGUAUUUAUUCACGAAAUCAGCACCGAUGAAAUAUCAUUGAAGCGCCAAGCAGUCGGUCUAACUGUCAAUGAAUAUGAGAAAAAAGAAAGAAGACUUUCAACUCCUCUAGAAUGGAAAUCAGCGAGUGAAAAUAUAGACGACUUGGAAAUUGUAUUGCCACUGGAAUACAACGGAAAAUUCAUGCUUUGUCCAACGUACCCGAUUGGUCAUAUUUUCCAAUCAGUUCAAGAUGUUCUUGACACUCUUCCGGCAGUAAAUAGGGUGAUUUAUCCAAUGACUGAUAUCCUUCUACACGACAAAAUUGUACGAGCUAGGGAAAGAUUGGAGAUUCUUGACCAGGUGCAAGACACACUAACAGGAAAUGAAAUACUGAGUGUUCGUUCAAUGAAAACAGAAGGUCAGUUUCUCCUUCCUGCAUCAAUAAACGUACUUUUCCAACAAGUGCCCAGUGACUGCUUCAAAAGUACACCAGAUGGAUUGAGUGCACGAGAGUUUGUCAGAGCUUGGAAACCGGGUCGGCCACCAUUUACAGUAAAACUAUGUUCACAAGUCACUUACAAAGAUUAUGAUAUCAUCAACAAGCCCAGCGCAAAGAAGAAAGACAAAAAGAAUAAGCAACAACCCAUCAGUGGAAGAAUCAAAGCUGAAGAAAACAUUACACCAACGAAUUCAGAGGAUCGUAGCUUAAUACCCCCUACUUGGUGGGAUAAAAAACUACUUCUAAAACCAUUUCAAAAGAUUAGGAUCAAAAAUAUUAUGUUUGAUUCGAAAGAAUUCUUCUUGCCAGAAUCAGCAAAGCUAAUGAUACAAGUUAUAUCUGCUGACGAAGCGUCUAUUGCUGAAUCAAUGUAUAGUGAAUUGAGCAGAAAAAAAUCACGAGGUUUGAGUGCUGCUGAAAUAUUCUCUGGCCCACUGAAUGAACUCCCGCUCGAAUUUGUAACAGAAAUAGGAGAACCCCUACUGCUUAUGGUAACAGCGGGUACAGUUUCUACCGGACUAAGACAGCAGACCAAUAUACUGGAAGGAAGCAGAAUUGUCGUAUAUCGCGCACUAACUUCAAAGAAAUUCGUGAUGUGUUGCUCUCGCUCACAGAAAUUUUUAGUUGAUACAUCAUACCAAGGAACUUUGAAAAUACUGCCCCAAGGUCUGGGUACACCUGUAACAAGUGUAGAAAAUUUAUUGAAUGCAACCCUACCGUGCAAAGUACAAAUUACAAACAGCGAUUCUUCUCUUGGCUACGAUCAGUUAGCAAAACGACAAACUUUAACUGUUUUAGAAGUGGUCACAGAAACUACAUUGAUAGUUGAUAUAAUUUCGCCAACAAGUCAAAUUCUAUCUGAGAAGCCGUUUGAAAUGGCAUUGCUUCGAACGAACCUGUCCGUACAAGCUUUGGAGCCGGAUUCGCAUAAAAUCGAUCGUCCUGCGUCGUUUGAUUUGAUGAAACAACUUCCAGCAGUAGAAUUCAUCAGUGACUCAGACUUUCACCGACUUAAAAAAUGCCCAAGGAGAUAUAGUAGUGAUGCACCCCAAUCGCCAGAAUUUGCAUUGCGUCCCAAAGAAUAUGAAAAAUCAUGGUCAACGAAUAAUUUGGAGACGUCAAUAUCCCAACCGACCUGUUCAACAUUGCCAAAACAGCCGUACCUAUCUGAUAGCCCAACCCCACCACCGAGACCCCCCAAAUCACCUAGUCUUCAAAAAGAAAGUUUUGAUUUCGUUGAUAUACCACAACGUCCUCCAAAGCCGCAUCGAUAUAAACAACAACCUCUGCAAACUUAUAACGGAAAUAAUAGCAAUAAUGUUGUCGGAGAGCAGUCGUUGUCGUCCAGCGAUUCUAUCAGAAUGAAGAAAGAGUUUGUAGAGAAGAAACGAAAUUCGAGAAAAAGCGUGUCAGAGAGCAAGUUGCAUAUUCUAAUUGAAGAGCAGAGGACGAUGCUAUCCGCUAUAAAACCGUUAUCACCAAUGCAUGCCCAUGUAAAAUAUCAGGAAACCGAAUUGAAUGAUCAGAGUUUAAACGACGCAGAAAUUGGCACUUAUCACGAACCACCAAUCGUCAAAGAUAAGGGUAUCUCGGAGAAAAAAUCUGUAAGAAGUAUGACUAAUCCAAAUUACGACAUGACGCUGACUGCUGUUGUGAACAAUCACAAUAAGACUGCUUCUGAUACAACUAAAACAAGUGAAUCUAUCUAUGUAUUUGCAAAAGAUAUACUACCUUUACGUGAGCAAAUUCCAUCUUUAACGGAUGAUAUGGAAGACUAUGAAGUUAUGUGUUCUCCUACGGAAACAAACGAUUAUAUGAAACCUUGGGAAAUGCAACAUUCUUUGGUAGCAAAACAUCGAGUAUUGCUCAGCGAAGACGACAGUGACUACGAGAUAGAAUAUGAAAAUAGUACCAACAGCUGAACAAUAACCCCAUUUUCUGCGUAUGAAACUUUUAAACAUAUGAAACGACAUACUGAUACUUUUUGCAAUACAAUUUUGUUAUUUCGAAUUAUAUUAAUAUGCAAUUUUAUUGUAAAUAGACUGUAUAAGCGACCCUUUCGGUCACUCCAGUCUCUCUGAAGUUGGACUAAUAGGCAACGUUGAAAAUAUUUGCCAAAUUUUUUUAUGUAAAAUUCAUUUCCCAACGUUUUAAUGGCACAAUAUAUGCUAUGCACCGUAGUAAAAAUUGAUAAUCAUUUACAUUACUGAUUUGGGCAAUAAAAUAUAUAUUGGGUGUAUAUUCUGGCAUAAUUUAGCAGUUAUUAAACCAGCAUUCGAACUUGGAUUUAUAUGUUUGUUUCAGAAUGUAGCCUAAUAAAAAUGGCUUGGACUAGACACAUUUAUGUACGUAGAUUGACUACUUUGUAUUGGUAAUGAAUUUCUUAGUAAUAAUGUUUUUAAUAAUCAUUUUCUCAUCCUAAUAUACCUUAAUUUUUUUACAAAUUUGAUUUCCUAAUUUUUUGUCCAUUGUUUCUG